GAGAGGGGGAGUGGACCUUGUGUGUGUAGACUGGGGGAGGUAUGGAGAGACAGGCUGCACAUUUCACAGCUUUAACACUUCAGGGCUUCUCCCAGGGCUGGGCUAGCAGGGUUAGGGUUUAACACCAUUAAGCCUCUGUCUGAAAUGGCAGCGUAAAAUGUGGGUGGUUUUGGAAUACAACAUAGGCAGGAAAAGGUAGAGACCUGAGUCUUUGUAGUUUUUUUUUACACAUACACACAACUAUAUGUGUGUAUUUGUGUGUGUGUGGUUUGCUAAAACAGAGCAUGGGGGUGUUCUCUAGUGGAAUGGCCUCCUUACAGGAGUUGAGAGCCUGUCUGUAAUCCUGAGUCCCUCAACUGGCGUAACUGCAACACUGCUACUGAAGACAGAGCAUGCACCAUGGCUAAAGGGAAGGGCAGAGCCAAGGGGAAGACGGUGACCCUGAAGAUGGCCAAGACCGCCAUGAGGGUGAUGCCGGAUGGCCGCACUCGCCUGGACCUCAGCAACACAGGCAUUGACACCUUCCCCAAGUGCCUCCUCAAGCUUGCCGACACCCUUGACGAACUGGACCUGAGCCGCAACCAGCUGCAGAAGCUUCCAGACUGUAUCGGGGACAUGCUGUCCCUCAAGUCUCUGGAUCUCCAUAGCAACCAGCUGGAGGUCGUUCCGAUGAGCAUCGGACAACUCGUGGAGCUGUCCCACCUCAAUCUCUCCAACAACCUCUUGACCUCCGAGGGCCUACCCCAAUCACUGGGCUGCCUUACUGGCCUACAGAGCCUCAAUCUGGGCAUGAACAACCUGGACAGCCUACCUGAUUCUAUGGUGGCUCUCACCAGCCUUCAGGAGCUUGGCCUGUUUGAUAACCUCCUGAGCCAUCUGCCUGAGUUUGUAAGACACCUCCCUAAUAUCAGCAAGAUCAACACCAAGAGAAACCCCCUGUCUAGCAACCAGGGGGCCGGGGGCCAGGGGGCCAGCAGCCAGGUGACCCGGGGGGAGCUCAGUCUGUACCUGGCCAACGAAGCCAGUCUGUGUAAAGACUGUGUGGCGAGGUGCAGGGAGGAGAGGGACAGGAAGACGGAGAAGAGGAAAGGAGGAGACGAGGAGAACAGGAGGCCGUUCUCAGGGCUCAUCACGCCCAACUCAGUGGCACAGCUUAAUCAGGAGGCGUGGCGGUGAGGAGAGGACAGAGGAGCUAGCCAAUCAAUGGCCAGGGAAGGAUGCAACAAACUCUGUUUGAGACGCUGCUGUUUAUUCUCCUCAUAACCUCAAAUACCAAUUAGACAGACAACACACACACAGUGAGAGCGCGUAUUCAACCCGACAACAUUGAACUGUUUCUUCUUGUGAUCAUUUUGUGAUAAUGACCGUUUACCAUGUUGUCCAAAUUAAAUAUAUUUCCUGAAUGUUGCUUCCCACAAACAUGUCCAGUCAUUCUUCAGUAAAUUCAGAUGUUUAUGAAACCCUGAUUAUAACCCGAAUGCAUCCGAUCAACACACUGACAUCUUACAUGAUCUAAGUACGGGGCUGUCACAUGAUGAU